CCCAAAAUUGAAUUUUUUUGAAACGCAGCAGAAAUGGCGGCAUCUUUCUUUUUUAUAACACUCGCCAUUUUCACACACUUUCACCAUCUUCAUCUCCAUCUACAUCUCCAUCUACAUCUCCGCUAAUCUGUAUUUUCUGUUUGUUGUGUGUAAAAUCUAAUAUAUGGCUGAUCAAGAGAUUAAGCGAGUUACGAGAAUGGCGAAGAAGAGGGCAAUGGAGGCAAUCGAGUCUCAGUUGCAACCGGCGAAGAAAAAUAGAGUGGUUUUGGGUGAGCUCUCGAACAAUGCGGUGGUGUCGGAGAACGAGACGACGAUAUCUGACCUGGUUAAAAUUCAAAAGCGGAAAUGUAGAUCGAAGAAGGUCAAGAAAACCGUGAAAGCAGUUCUGGAAACUCAGGAUCUGGGUUUCGAGAAAAUUGAUGAAAAAUUUAGCGACCCUCAGAUGUGCGAACCUUACGUUUCAGAUAUUUACGAGUAUCUGCAUAACAUGGAGAUCGAGGCAAAGAGAAGACCGACGCCAGAAUACAUCGAGAAAGUGCAGAAGGAUGUUAGUGUAAACAUGAGGGCUAUAUUAGUUGAUUGGUUGGUUGAGGUCGCUGAAGAGUAUAAGCUUCUUUCAGACACUCUAUACCUAACCAUCUCCUACAUCGAUAAAUUCUUAUCUACAACCACCCUUAACAGACAGAGGCUUCAACUUCUUGGUGUUUCUUCAAUGCUCAUAGCUGCAAAGUACGAAGAAAUCACUCCCCCACAUACUGAAGAUUUCUGCUAUAUCACUGAUAAUACUUACACAAAGCAAGAGGUUGUAAAAAUGGAAGCUGAUGUCCUCAAAGCUCUCAAUUUUGAAAUGGGAAAUCCCACAGUAAAAUCAUUCCUUAGAAGAUUUGCCAUAAGUUCUCAAGAAGUUCAUGAAAAACCCAAUUUGCAAAUGGAGUUCUUAGGUUAUUAUUUGGCUGAAUUAAGCUUGUUAGAAUAUAGCUGCCUCAAGUUUUUACCUUCAAUGGUAGCUGCAUCUGUUGCCUUUCUUUCAAGAUUCACCCUAAAACCAAGAUCACACCCAUGGAAUCCAUCUCUUGAACAAUUAUCUGGAUAUAAAGCAUCGGAUCUGAAAGAAUGUGUUCAAAUUUUACAUGAUCUGCAAUCAAGUAAAAGAGCAGGAAAUUUGUUGGCAGUUAGAGAAAAAUACAAGCAACAUAAGUUCAAAUGUGUGUCAAAAUUGUCAUCUCCAUCAGCAAUACCAGAUUCUUACUUUGAGGAUGUAAGAGAAUCAUAGUUAGAUUUUUGGAUGAUCACUAACACAAGCUAGAAGUAGGAUUUUUAGUUGUUUUGAAACAUAGUGUAUGACAGAUUUAACUCAAGCUAGUAUGAAUGGAAUUUGUAUGUUAGGUGAUGUACAUGUGAUUGUUGAUUCUAUUUCAUCUUAGAAAUUGAUUGUAAAAUGUAUUUUUUCUUAAUU